UUUCUCCAGAACACCUGGAAGGAGCCAGGGCAGUCGUCAACUGAAGUGGAGCACUCCAGAAAUUCACGAAGCCACCUGUCAGCGCCCGGCAAUUCCUCUCCUCUCGCACCUAUCCCACCAGCUUCAGCUUCUUCCGACCGCGCACCCGUUUCACCGCCGAGUCCCUCUUUGGCUACACGUAACGGCCCGCCUAUUCAGAACACCUGGGGAAUUGGCGGCUGACGGCCGUUACUGGCACCCGAAGGCAUUGCAGCCAGAGGAGAACAUACCGCGCGCAAGCAGUAUACAGAAAAGCUAGUCUGGCACCAUGGCGACGUUUCUGGAAAAUGCGUAUAGUCUGGUCCACCAAGACAACGCCGCCGAUGUCCCUUCCCAGAAUGAGCUCAAGCAAGCUCUGGAGAAGGGCUCGGACGAGCACAAGAUCGAGACUAUGAAAAAGAUCCUCUCCAUAAUGCUGAACGGCGACCCCCAGACCGGCCUCCUCAUGCACAUAAUACGAUUCGUCAUGCCCUCCAAGUCGAAGCCCCUGAAGAAAUUGAUGUACCUGUUCCUCGAGGUAUGCCCGAAGCACGACAACCAGGGGAAGCUGCGACAGGAGUGGAUAUUGGUGUGCAAUGCCAUACGUUUCGACCUGCAGGCGCCGAACGAAUACGUGCGAGGAAACACGCUGCGCUUCGUAACGAAGUUGCGGGAUGCCGAGCUUGUGGAGCCUCUUCUGCAACCGGUGCGCCAGUGUCUCACACACAGACAUGCAUAUGUCCGGAAGAAUGCUACCUUCGCGAUCGCUUCCAUCUUCGCCCACCUUCCCGAACUACUUCCAGAUGCUCCUGAUCUCUUGAUCACGUUCUUAGACGACGAGAACGAUGCAACCUGCAAGCGUAACGCAUUCGCGGCUCUUUCCUCUAUCAGCCAUGAGAAGGCAUUGGAAUACCUCAGCACCGUCUUUGAUUCGAUUCCCAAUCAUGACGAGCUUGUCCUUCUAGCUGAGCUAGAAUUUAUCCGCAAAGAUGCGAUCAUGAACCCACAGAACAAGGCGCGAUAUCUGCGCCUCAUCUUCGACCUACUGGAGUCUAGUGUUUCGACCGUAAUCUAUGAAGCCGCUCAUGCUCUUACAACUCUCACCAGCAAUCCCGUAGCCGUCAAGGCAGCCGCAGGCAAAUUUGUGGAACUGGCCAUCAAGGAACCGGAUAACAAUGUCAAGCUUAUUGUUUUGGAGCGAGUAGAUCAAUUGAGGGAAAAGAACGAAGGCGUGCUGGAUGACCUGACUAUGGAAGUUUUGCGUGUUCUCUCAAGCCCCGAUUUGGACGUACGGAAGAAAGCUCUCAACAUCGCGCUUGAGAUGGUCACCAGCAGGAAUGUCGAAGAAGUUGUUCUGCUGCUCAAGAAGGAACUCAUGAAGACGGUCGACGAACAGUACGAGAAAAACUCCGAAUACCGGUCGCUCCUCAUUUCUGUCAUCCACCAGUCUGCCAUCAAAUUCCCCGAAGUCGCAGCGAGCGUAGUGGGUUCACUUAUGGACUUCAUCUCCGACGUCAGCAGCAACGCAUCCGCCGUGGAUGUAAUCUCUUUUGUGAAAGAAGUCGUCGAGCGCUUCCCCGAUUUGAGACCUUCGAUAGUGGAGCGUCUCGUUACCACUCUGGGUGAGGUGCGCGCUGGGAAGGUGUAUCGUGGUGUCUUGUGGAUCAUUGGCGAGUUUUCUCUGGAGGCCAAGGAUAUUCGAGAUGCAUGGAAGGGCAUUCGCUCCUCUCUGGGCGAAAUUCCCAUCCUCACAUCGGAACAGCGGCUGCUGGACGAGGCUUCUGAGGGCAAGGAGCCUACGGAUCAGGUCAAUGGACAUGCCAAGCCCGCGGCUCCCUCCGGCUCGCGAAAAGUCCUCGCUGACGGCACGUAUGCCACGGAGAGCGCGCUCACCUCCUCUGCGGCUGCUAAAGCAAAGCUGGAAGCUGUCAAGAACUCACAAAAGCCUCCGCUACGCCAGCUGAUCCUCGAUGGCGAUUACUACCUCGCAACGGUCUUGUCGAGCACCCUUACUAAGCUGGUUAUGCGACAUUCGGAGAUUUCGAAAGAUACUGCGCGCACGAACGCUCUCCGAGCUGAAGCUAUGCUGAUCAUGAUUUCCAUUAUCCGGGUCGGUCAAUCGCAAUUCGUCAAGACCUUUAUAGAUGAAGACUCUGUCGACCGAAUCAUGACUUGCAUCCGGUCCCUAUCGGAAUUUGCACAGAGGAAAGAGCUGGAGACUGUGUUCUUGGAGGAUACACGGAAAUCCUUCAGGACAAUGGUGCAAGCAGAAGAGAAGAAACGCGCUGCAAAGGAAGCUUCAGAGAGGGCAAAGUCGGCUAUCAACGUAGACGACUGCUUCUCUAUCCGGCAGUUGAAGAAGAAAGACGCAGAUGGCACCGAUGAGAUUGAGCAAGACCUGGAGAGGGCCACUGGUGGAGACACAGCAACAGAAGACCUCACUUCAAAGCUCAGCCGGGUAGUGCAACUUACCGGUUUCUCGGAUCCCGUGUACGCCGAAGCAUACGUCAAAGUCCAUCAGUUUGAUAUCGUCCUCGAUGUUCUACUCGUCAAUCAGACGACCGAGACGCUCCAGAACCUUACCGUUGAGUUCGCUACGCUUGGUGACCUGAAAGUGGUCGAACGGCCGCCAACGCAGAAUGUCCGUCCCCACGACUUUAUCAACCUACAAGCCACCAUCAAAGUCUCUUCGACAGAUACUGGCGUUAUCUUCGGUAACAUAAUAUACGAAGGCGAGAAGGGAGUCGACUCGAAUGUCGUUAUCUUGAAUGACGUUCACGUGGACAUCAUGGACUACAUCAAACCGGCAUACUGCACAGAGACUCAGUUCAGAACGAUGUGGACAGAGUUCGAAUGGGAAAACAAGGUCAACAUUAACUCCAAGGCCAAGUCGUUACGGGAGUUCCUGAAGCAGCUGAUGGCUUGCACCAACAUGAGCUGCCUCACCCCAGAGGCCUCCAUGAAGGGCGACUGCCAGUUCCUGUCUGCGAACCUGUAUGCUAGGAGCGUGUUCGGUGAGGAUGCUCUUGCCAAUCUCAGCAUCGAGAAGGAGGGUGAGAACGGGCCCAUCACAGGUUUCGUGCGCAUUCGGAGUCGAUCGCAAGGUCUAGCGUUGAGUUUGGGGUCGUUGAAAGGUCUGAACAAGGUUGGUGUAGCAUGAGUUCUUUGAUGGAGGGGUUGGCCGGCAGAUCUACGCUGACAUGCAAUCGCGAUGAAAGAGCAACUGCAACUGUUGGGUUCGAGAAGAGGUUCUUUUCAAUGCAUGGAUGUUGGGCGUGCCAGCAUCGCCUGGCAGGAAAAGUCACGAGGAUAGGAGAGUGGUUCUAUAGCAUUAUUGGGAUAUCUUCAAGACACGAGAGUUUCCUACAGCCUCGUUAUUACCGUUCCUUUGCGCUAUGAGGCCACCCUGCUGGUG